AUGCAGGGUCCCUCGUGCAAUCCUGCUAGAUCCAAACCCCACAGGACCAGUCUGUGUGGUGCAGGAUCCUCAGGUUCCAAGUGCCAUCAAUGAACCUUCAGACUCCUGUCUGCCUUCGUCGCAUACACACGCCCAAGUUAUCAGCGUAGGAUUUAUAUUGGGACACUUUUUUCGGGAAAAAAUCUGGGUAAAUGGGGAUUCUGGAAAUGGUGGCCUGGAAUGAUUGGGAAUUUGAAUCUUACCCAAGCUAUGAAGAUUUCGCAUUGCUUCCUCUGUUCGUGUUGUUCUUCCCCACUAUCAGAUUCUUUCUCGAUAGAUUCGUGUUUGAGAAUCUUGCGAGACAGUUCAUAUUUGCUAAGGGACAGAAGAUGCUGGAGAUUGAAACUGAUGAACGAAGGAAAAAGAUACAGAAAUUCAAGGAAUCGGCAUGGAAAUUUGUGUAUUUUCUAUCAGCUGAAAUUUUUGCCAUUGCUGUUACCUACAAUGAGCCUUGGUUCACAAAAACAAAAUGCUUCUGGGUAGGGCCUGACGACCAGUUCUGGCCAGACCAGAAAUACAAGUACAAGUUGAAGGCUCUUUAUAUGUAUGCUGGUGGGUUCUACACGUAUUCCAUAUUUGCCCUUAUAUUUUGGGAAACGAGGCGCUCUGACUUUGGGGUUUCAAUGAGCCACCAUGUUGCCACCGCUGUUCUCAUUGUAUUGUCAUAUAUAUUCAGGUUUGCUCGUGUUGGUUCGGUUGUUUUAGCCAUUCAUGAUGCCAGUGACAUCCUUUUGGAAAUCGCAAAAAUGUCUAAAUAUAGCGGCGCCGAAGUUCUUGCCAGCUUUUCAUUCAUUCUUUUUGUCUUGUCAUGGAUCCUUCUCCGCCUCAUAUACUUCCCUUUUUGGGUUUUAUGGAGCACAAGCUAUGAAGUUGUACAGACAUUGAACAAGGAUAAACACAAAGUGGAAGGACCAAUAUACUACUACGUCUUCAAUUCUCUUCUCUUUUGUUUGCUCGUUCUGCAUAUAUAUUGGUGGGUGCUUAUGUAUAGGAUGCUUGUCAAACAGAUCCAAUCAAGAGGCCAAGUCAGCGAUGAUGUUCGUUCUGAUUCUGAGGAUGAAAACGACGAACACGAAGAUUGAUCAUAUUUCCCCCCUCAUCCAAGUGAAGGCCUGUGAACAAUCCUUAUCAUUCUCUGUUGAUGUGGGAAAUCAAGGGUAGUGAAAAAACAUAUUGAGAUAAUGAACACCAGUCUCAUAGCAACAAUUUAUCGGCUCAUUGAUUCUUUACUCUCAUUGACAACCUUCAUUCACAUUUAGCUGAUGAUUGUGACUUUUGCGAUGCAUCACAAAUAGAAUGAAUAUGGACAUACAAUAUGUCUACAUUCAUUCUAUUUUUUAUAUAUAAUAAAAGUCCAGGGUAGUUUCCUUGGGUAUAAUAGGGACACACAUCAUGUCUACAUUCAUCCAAGAAAGAAAAUGCUGUUGUUUUUUAUUUCUUUUUUUGUAACUAGGUAGGUAAAGAUGCAGGUUGAAUACGAUGUAACAUGUAAUUUAGUGAAAGGAUUUUUGGCUUGUCGUUAGAAAGUCAUUUUUACCCCCACAAUUCUUGUUGGUAUUGGAAGCAACUUUGUAAAGUGAAGGAUAAAAUCUAUUAAAAAAUGAAUUUUGGUUCAAGAA